CAAUGUGAAUAGAAUGCUAUAAUACCAAAGAUCGUCCCUCCUCUUACUCUUAUUCUUAACUUAUCAUCCAACCCAACUCGCAAAAAGCUCUGUAGCUCACUACUGCGCCAUGGGACAAGUCCUCGACAGGUUACAAGGUAAGCAAUGGAGGCGAAAGCAAAUAAAAAGGAUUUCAGAGAAGUUGUUUGAACAAUUUAGAAAUGAUAGAAGAACGGAUAACUUGAAAAUCAACGAUCUGUACAUCGGUGUACUACUUGUGUACAAUGAUAUCAAUAAGCAUUUAUCCGGCCAGCAUUUUGAUCCACCCUCGAAAGAUCAUGUCAGAGAAAUGAUGAAGGAAAGCGAUUUAAAUCUUGAUGGAGAAAUUGACCGCGAAGAGUUUGCAAAGUUCAUCGAGCACUUGACAGCGGACAAUUUGGUUGUUCUCGAUCAACUGAUCCUCACACUGGUUGCAGCACCGGCGGUUGCAAUGGCGACAAAGAGGGUUACCGAGGGUGUACCGGGGAUCGGAAAGGUCGUGCAAAGGUUACCCGAUUCAGUUUAUGCAUCCCUUGUGACUCUUACUGUUGUGCUGCUUCAACAAGCGCACCAGGAGUUCGGUUAGCCGCAAGUUUGUUCUCAGUUCAAUCUUUCUAUGGUCUAUUUAGGUCUACUUUGAUAUUGCUGUGCUUUUUAAAAAAAAAAAAAUUGUUUCAUACUAUAAUGUGAGAAUAAACAGAUCUAAAAUAAAAUUGUUUAGUGUUUGGUAAAUGAUUAAAAAUAAUAUGGUGUUAAAUGUAAUAUGAUAGAUGUAUGG